AUGCGAUUCCUCACUCUCAUCAUAGUUGUACUGGUCGUAUCGUUUGAAUGUCAAAAUCCAGCUAAUGGAGCUCCAGCACCAGGUGGAAGGUGUCCUUGCUGUUCCGGUGCAUGCCCUCAAUGUCCUCGUUGUUGUGGAUGUCGUGGAUGUCGUGAUGGAGACUGUUGUGGAGGAUGUUGUAGUAAACGGAGAAACAACAACAAAAACCGAGAAGCCUCAGGAGAUGGUCAAGUCAAGAUCUAA